AUGCCGUCUUAUGUAAAGUUCUUAAAGGAGAUCCUCUUAAAGAAGAGAAAGCUAGAGGAUUAUGAUACAAUUGCUCUAAUGGAGGAAUGUAGAGCCAUCUUGCAAAACAAUCUACCUCAAAAACUCAAGGAUCCUGGAAGUUACUCAAUACCUUGUCAUAUUGGCAACAUGAAUAUAGACAAGGCCCUUUGUGAUCUAGGUUUAAAUGUUAGAGAGCUCAAACCAACUACAAUCUCAUUGCAACUAGCAGACAAGUCUAUCAAGUACCUAAUUGGCAUCCUGGAGAACAUCCCCGUAAAGGUAGGCAAAUUAUUCAUUCCUAUUGAUUUUGUUGUCUUGGAGAUGGAGGAAGAUGUUUAG